AUGUCAAGUGUGACCACAUAUAUGGAUUGCCAAAGUGGAGAGGUUAAGGAGAGCAAAAUCUACUACAUUGAUGAAAUCUCUGUGAAUUUUUCUUGGAGUUCAGAACACUGGAACGGUACAGAUGGAAAGCUGAAGUUGUUAAGUACAGACGUUGGUUACGCAGUAAAAUGUAAGAACACACCAACAGUAAAGAUGGCCAGUAAUUUACAGCUCACAAUGGCGGACGUGACCCUACAGGCUUUCGACAUUCGCAAUGAUACCCGUGGCAAAGAGGCAGCGUGCUCGUAUGAUCGCAAUAUGAUUGCCGUGGCCAUAGCCGUAACUGUAUUAAUUGUCAUUAUCAUUGCAAUAAUAAUCUACUUCAUUUGUCACAAGAAGCGAUCUUCUGGCUAUCAGCGGAUUUAACCAUAGGGGAAGACUUUCAUAUCAUGUGUAUCUUUACAAUGAAGACAACAACCCACAGCCACACACCUUUAACUAUGGAAAACGAAA